AUGUCACUGCAAAAGCAACAAGUUGCCAUCGACUAUCAAGAAGCACUCCGUAGACUCGAGGCCGUUGCUGUGGCUCAAAGGACACGUUUGGGGAUAUCGCGCCAGAUAGCAAUUGAGCAGCGAGUAGUUCCUGGAGGCGAUGCAUCGUUAGACAUUGAAGAUGCUGGCUGUAUACCGCUGGCUGAUGAGGUUGGCAAAAUCUGCACCAAAACCGUUGCUGCUCCUUUCGACAUACCAGGAUCCGAUACUUCGGCCAUGGAUGGGUAUGCGAUUUGUACCAGUCUGACUCAGAAUGCAUCUUCAUCCCGUCCAACAAAGUUCAAAGUCGUGGGGACCAUCGUGGCAGGUGCACAUGAUAGAAUAUCGGAGGCCUGGCGAGAUUCUGCGGACGACGACAGUGCACCGUGCUUCGAAAUAAUGACGGGUGCCUCGUUUCCUGAGGGACACCCACGAAUGGACGGAGUUGUCAAGGUGGAGGAUGUCCAAGACAACGAUCCCACGGUGCACUGGUCCAAGAAAGCGCGGGCUGCUUACAUUGAGGUCAAAACGCCAGUCAAGCCUCAGCAGCACAGAAGACUCGCAGGUAGUGAUUAUCAGAAAGGUGACAUAGUGUUGCAGCCGGGUGAGCGGAUUAAGCCACGGCAUCUCAUGCCACGAUCGACCUUUGGCUUCACCUCAAUGAUGGGCUAUGCGAGAUUCGAUGCUGAUCCUAGCCUCUACAGCCCUCAGAACCACGUAUCAUCACAACCCAAGCUCAGAGUGGGCGUGCUGUCAACAGGAUCGGAGGUGGUCGACCCAAGGAAAGCGCGGAUUGGCGGUAUAGGUAAGAUCGCAGCCACAAAGAGCCUUUUGUUUGACUCGAACGGACCAUAUCUUUGCAAUGAACUCAGCCGGACGGGUAAAACAGAUGUGUCGUAUCUCGGCGUUGUUGGGGAUCGCAGGAUCGAUCUUGUCAAACACAUCGAGAAUGCCACCGCCUCUGGCAAAUUCGAUGUGUUGAUUCUGACAGGCGGCGUUUCCAAAGGACGCUGCGAUCUGACCCGUGCAUGCAUCGAAGAAGCACUAAGCGGCAGAGUCGAGUUCCACGGGGUCAAGAUUCGGCCAGGCUCACCCGUACUCCUCAGUACAGUCGCUAUGGACCAGCAUGGCAAAGGAGCUUGUCGAAUGACGAUUUUCGGUAUCCCUGGGAACCCGAUGGCCGUAGCUGCUGGAUUCCAGUUCUUCGUUCGACCGUAUGUUGAUUUCUACUACAAUGAAGGCGAUUGGUACCGCCGCCUUGCGGUAACAUUCGGCAAGCCUGUACAGGAAAUUGCAGGAAUGACCGUCUUGACAGUGGAGACUCCAGGUGGGCAUCCGAAGUCGAAGCCUCGCGGGACUGUCGCCUUCUGGCUGGCUUGGAGAGAGCCCGGCGGGAACGGGGAACUUGGAAGCAGGAUCAUAACGGCAGACCCGUCCUGGUUCACGAUUGCAAUGGGUACAGGAGUAUGUGCUCAACUUCUUGUCCACUUUCCGUACCAAGCUGAAUGGUUGCGUACACUGGCCUAUUGUUUCUGGGUUCUGGAUAUCGUGAUUUUUGCCAUGUUCACCCUCCUCGGCUGUCUACGAGCUGUUCGGCACCCUCACGCCUUGGACGAGAUUUUUGACGAUUUCUCUGAGACCAGCUACAUGGGAGCGAUCGUGAUAGCCUGGGAAACCAUUAUUCUCGGUAUCAUCACAUUCUAUGCCGACAGAGAAUCGGCGGUAUAUGUCGCUCAAGCCAUGUAUUGGAUCUCUGUCGUUGCGAGCGUCCUUGUCUCCUUCGGCGGCAUAUUCUUCAUGUACUACCGCCAGAAAGAGCACAAAAUGGCUGACAUCAACGGCUCUUGGUUCCUCAGCUUCAUACCGUUGAUUGUGGGCUCGACAGUUGGAGGCGCCAUCAGCCCGCACUUACCCGUCAAGAACGCUGUGGUCCUCAUAAUGGUCUCCUUCCUCAUGUGGUCCGUCGGGAUCUGCAUGUCGUCAAUCGUGUUACCCAUUUACUUCUGGCGGCUGAUGACUGCACAACUACCGGCCAGGUCAGCGAUAGUGACUACCUUUGUUCCCAUAGGCCCCUUCGGUAUGGGAGCCUACUCCAUUCAGCAGCUCUCGUCGGACUUGGCACGCUGCAUUACCGAGGGCUUCACUCUAGAUCAGGCCUUGGGAGCAGACGGGGUAUCAGCGCGCAUCAUUGGCGAAGGGAUAAGGUGGUUGGGCAUACUUAUUGCUCUAACAUGCUUGGGCAUAGCUUCUUUCUGGCUCGUGGAGGCGUGCUUGUCGGUAGCCACAAGGCCUCCCAAUUCCUUCAGCGUCGGCUUCUGGAGUUUUGUAUUUCCCUGCGGAGUGUACUCCAAUGCCUGGAAUCUGCUGAGCACAAAUUUGCGCAACGACGGCAUUAGGGGCUGGGGAGCUACGUGCACAGUAGCAACACUGUUGCUCUGGCUGGUGUGUGCCGUUUUGACGGUAUACUCAGGCGUUUGGAAAGGAGAGCUGUUGUAUGCACCAGGUGCUCAUGGUAUCAUGCAACAUGGAGAAGUUGAGAAGUUUGAUCAACCAAAGCAGCAGCCGGUGGCUCAAAUACCAGGUGUUCCGCACUAA